AUGUCACAACAACGUAAUAGAGUAAAAUUUGCCAAUACUUCAAUAAAAUGUUUAAAUAUCACAACUUCUUUAUUAAUUUUUGUACAAUUAUUUAGUGAGACUAGUAGAUGGUUAUUAUAUUUACAAAAUGAUGGAAUUGAAACAACAAAAAAUGCAAAAGUUAUGAUUAAAAAUUUAAUAAAAUAUAAGGGUAUGAACUAUCUUCAUUCAAUAUGGAUAACUUUAUUUUGUGCCUUUAUGUUUCAUCUUAUUGCGGUUCUAUUUGGAGCACCUUUAGUGUUUAAUGUACAAAGAACAUGGUUAUUUGCUCUUUAUAUGUCAUUGCUUGCGAUAUUUCCUCCUUCAUUAGCAUUUAAAAAUCAUGGGCCUUAUUGGUCAAGAGUAUUUUCGGAUAACAAACCAGAGAGUGUACCAGAAAAAAUGAUUUACCAUACUACUGUGUAUACAGUUAUUGGAGCAUGGUUAGGUGGUACAGUUAUUCCUUUAGAUUGGGAUAGACCUUGGCAGGUUAGUUAUUUAGGACAUGUAAUUGGAAGUAUCGUAUCAUUGCUCGUGUGUUACUUUAGUGGUGAAGGUUCUCCUAUACAAAAGAAACGUGAAUAG